UCAGUGAGAACGAUGAAUGAAUCUUUCUUCUUGCUUAUUCCAACAAAGAGGUUCCGGUUUCACUGCUCUCUUGAAAAUCAGUAUACCAUCAGUACCGGAGCGGUAAUAAACGCGAGAGAGCAAUGAAUAUUACGAAUGAUGAUAAGACGGUAAUAAAUUCCGUCAUUAAUUUGCAAAUAUCGAACAACGAGUGUCGCAUCUGUUUCGAAAAAUGCAACCAAGUUUGGCAAAUAUUUCACCCUACCAACGAGGAGAUACCUAGGAAAAUAAUGGAAUUCGCUGCCGUACAGGUAGAAGAGGGCGAUGGUUUACCAACGACAAUUUGUCACAACUGUCGUGGACUGUUGGAUGUGUCGUACAGUUUUAAGCGACAAGUGGAGCAGUCCGAUGCAAAAUUUCGAAAGCUUCUGAUGUUAAAAGAAAUGAGCGAGGCUGAGGAUGAGGAUGAGAAUGAGAAGAUACUAACACUGUCGCAUUCUGUGAAUGCGGCAAUAGCAGAAGCAAUAGCCGACGAAAUAGCUCAAGAUCGAGGAGGAGAUGGAGAAAGAUGUGGAGGAGACAGAGGCGGAGAGAAUACAACAAGCAGGUGUGACGGGCUUGUAGAAACUUUGGGGGGGCAACCCGGGAGCCACGGCUUGGUGCAUGAUUUAGAAGAACAUCAUUACGUGUCGCACAACGAACCGAUUAUUUUUCAAAUUGAGCCGCCACCGAAUCACGAAUGCGUUCUCACAGAGUCGUUGACGGAUAUGCGAAACGCAGUUUGCGAGGAAAUCAGUGACAGGAGGAUAGAAAUGACCGACUGCGGUGCAGAAAACGGAUCAAUGAACGUUUUGAUCGAAAAAUACACUAGCGAGCUGGUAGAUUCUAAUCUGAACGGAGUCUCUUACAAAGCGGAAUCAAUGAUGAUAACGGAAUCGUCCGACGAAGACGAGUGUCAUUUUCAAGAAGCCAAGAGCCUCGAAGAAAACAACCCAAAUGAAAACUUGGAGGAGAAAAGUAUGAUGCACGAUACGAAUCUCACGGAGCCGGUUUGCAAAGAACGAUUCGAAAGUAAGGACAAAGGGAAACCUCCAGGUUCGAAAACUCAAAGGUUCAAAUGCCCCAAUUGCAUCAAAACAUUCGGCACAAAAACUUCUCUUGACAGACACACUGAAAUACACAAUAAGAAAAUGCAUCAUCGUUAUGCAUGCACAAUGUGCGAUAAAGAAUUUGAAAACGUUGCCAAAUUGGAGAACCACUUGGUAACGAAUCAUGAAAAUCGUCACUGUCGCAGUCGCCACGGUUGCGUUGAGAAGAUUCGUGAGUACAACGCCGGACAGGAAAUGAUGGAGAAGGAGAACGACGACGACGAUGAUAAUGACGAUGAGAAGGCAAGAACGGAGAAACGAAUCGGUACACCGGAUGCCAAAAAAAGCACAAAGUUUGGCUGCAACAUUUGUGGUAAACAAUUCACUUAUCAAAAGUCCUUCCUAACACACGCGAAAACCCAUCCGGGCUACGAACCGGAAACAAUAUUUGAGAAAGAUGAGAAUCACGUUUGGGAAGACUCGAACGAGCGUGGCCGGGAAUCCGAGGACGACGAUUUACCCCUGGAGGGCUUGCAGUGCACGCAGUGUGGCAAAUUAUUUGCAACUAAAAGAAAUCUCAAGCGACACAUAUCGACUCACAGCGGCUUAAAGUUCCAUUGUUCUGCAUGUAACAAGGAAUUCUCAAGGAUAGACAAACUCAAAGAGCACGAACAAUCCAAACACAAGGAAGAAUUUUUUGCCUCUUCUGAUUCGGAUUCCGACAAUGAUAUUACCGACAACGAGAACAAACACGAUGAUGGAAGUGAAAAUAGUAGAAACAAAAAGGAGAAACACAAUCGACCUCAUCGAUGCCCGAUGUGCCCAAAGGCUUUUGCUCAAGAACAAUCGUUGAGGAACCACAUGGAGCGCCAUGAGCGAGUAAAAGACACGCAAAAGCGUUUUUUGUGCGAGGUGUGCAGCAAAUGUUUCGCCCAGAGUGGUUCAUUGGUGGCUCACAUGCGAACACAUACAGGAAUAAAGCCCUACGUGUGCAAUGUGUGUAGCAGAGCAUUCACCAAGAGCACAUAUCUUCAACUGCACUUGAGAACUCACAGCGGUGAAAAGCCUUACAUAUGUCAAUACUGCAGCCGGGCUUUUGCCCGAGCAAAUACAUUGGCGAGACACAUAACGAUGCACACCGGAGAGGCAAAAUAUCAUUGUCAAAUUUGUAUGAAAUCUUUUCGCCGUUUAACAUCCUUGAACGAACAUACUUACACUCAUACAGGACAAAGACCUUACGCCUGUAAAAUUUGCACUAAGAGAUACAACAACGCCGGUUCUCUCUAUGCUCACACCAAAAAAUGCAAAGCCCAACAGCAGUCUUCGGGGACGACAAACUUGGUCCUUCCGCUUGGCGAAGAACAUCAUCAGAACGAUGCUCAAUCGGAGACAAUGAUUUAUUCACAAAGAAAAUCAUCGGAACCUCUGUCCGUUGAACAAAUCCAACCAACUCCCCAAUUCAUUAUCUCCAACGUACAUAACCCUUCCCUCAAAACUCUCCCCAAUAAUAUUAUGCCUCAGUUUGCUGUCCAAGACCCUAAUUUUUGUAAUCUCAACAAUUCCAAGUCUUUCAAAAAUACCUCUUAUUACACCAUCUAUCCGAACAUAUAAUGCAGAAAAUAUCCAAUAUUUGACAAUUAUUCUCAAGAAUGAGGGAUAAAAUAUUUUUUUUUACCCGAAUUUCGACCACUAGGAGGUCGAUAUCUGACCUGACGCACUACCACCAGGAGGACCAAGUUAUAUCGGUGGUAAUUUUCGAAAAUUUUUCGACUGUCGCUAGCUCUAAUGAUCAAAGAAUCAUUAGUGUGGCUUGUAAACUAACUCGAGUGUCGGAAACGUCAAAAUUAUAGAGAAGGUUAGAAAAAAGGCUGUGUCUAGUCGUCCGCGGAAACCACCGUACCAAUAAUGAUGUAUUUCCGAGUGCAAAGGGAAGUGAAUAUUCAUAGAAAUUGUUAUAACUAUAGCGGGAAAGAAAUAUGAAUUAAAUAAAUUCGUCAAAAAAAGUGUCACAUGACGAAAGUACUCACGAUAAAAAUUCUCAGCAAUAUAUAAUUUGGACGAGUAGCCUAAUGUUGAAUGUACGGCGACCGGACGAUUAGACAGUGCGUAUAGAAUAAGAAAAUCGUUUUCGCGGCAAUUUUCCUCGCAUAAGAAUGUUAAAUACCAAACACCUGUUGAAGUUGGUAUUGGAAUUGAGAAACAAAAAUCUGCCGCUGAACACACCGCGAGCUUGAAAAUUAAUCGGGUAUUUUUGUAAAGCGUUCCUACCCACAUACGUUUCAAGUUUGACUGAUGAAAAUUUUGCGAAAAUUUUUUCGAGAGGCAACGAGAAACUUCCGGGGAAAUACCUGAUGAUUUUCAUAUGCUCGGAAUAUAACUGAAAAUUGAUUUUUUUUACUGUGAAUCCACAUUUCAAUUUUUUUUUCGUUGACACCCAAAAAUGUGGCAAACGAUUUUUUAUGUUUUUCGAAAUAGUAUUCCAAUCGAUUUUCACUUUGAUUCACUUCUCCACUCGUUUUUGUUACACACUUUUUGAUUUACGAUACGUUUGGUAAAAAUUCAAGGGAAAUAUUUGAUCGCAAAGAUCGAGCUGUUGACUGCUCCCUUUGAUAGUUUUAUAAAAAUGAAACGAACUAACAAUAAUGAAUACUUUUGACGAAUCUUCCAUCGGAGACGCGGUGUGAAUUUUGAAUAUAUUGAGAAGUGAAAGGUGAAUUUUUUCUCGCAAAGCGCUUUUAAUAUAUGUGAGAAAAAAAUUGUUGUGAACAUAUAGUGUCAUGACGAUAUGUCAAACAGCAGGGGGGAAAAACUGCGGUGGGAAAUCAGUUUAUGAUAUUUAGGACUGAUAAUAUGUGGGUAACAUUUUUAUGCAGAAAAUUUAUAUCACUAAGAUUUUUUAAAUAAAAAUGUUAUUUUGUA